AACUAUUCCAGUUACUGUAUUCUAAACAGAAUAUAUGGAUGAUGUUUUGAAACAUUUUGCACUUUAUUCACGAUACAGUCUUUCUUGGAUAGCGACUGAAAGGAAUUUUGUGGAUUUUCGGAUCGCCUUGGGAGGGAUAAAAGGGAAGUGAAAAGUUUUCAUUUGUACAAAAUGAAACCGAAACCUAUUAUGAGCUAAGCUAGCUGACGUCGCUCAUUUGAAUGGGCGAUAAGCACCGAUUUGUUCUGUCCGUAGAACCUAUGUUCUAUACAUGUAAUUCAUGGAAGUUGCGUUGUUUUAAGGGACCAAUUUAUGAUUGAUGAUGGCUGCGGAAAAUUACGUCGCUAAAUUAAACCAGUAUAUUCAGAAAAAGGAUUUCUCGGAAUUCAGGUAUGAAGACGUUGGAACCGAUGGCCCGGAUCACAUUAAAACAUUUACCAUAAGAGUUGUCGUGAAUGGCAAAGCCUACCCUGAGGGAGUGGGAAACAACAAGAAAGACGCCAAACAGCAGGCAGCCAAACAUGCUUUAAAAGGCUUAUUGAAAGAGAGUCAGAAUGCAUCCAAUGCAUCUGUUGGACUGAUCAAAUCUCAAAAUGAUUAUGUAUCCUGGCUUUAUUCCUAUGCUCAAAAAAUUAAGAUGUCAUGCUAUGUCAAAGAUAUUGAAUCAACAAACAAGACUUUUCAAUGUAGAUUCAUGGUUGGAAAGAUUGAGUAUCCAGUUGGGACUGGGACAACAAAGAAGGAAGCUAAGGAAGAAGCUGCAAAGCUUGCUUAUCACGACAUAGUAGAUGGUUCACAGACUGAAGACAAGAACGCAUCUUUCACUUUCAAUCAACAAAUGGAAGAAAUGAGGAAAACUCCAUCAGAGAUCUGUGACAAGGGACCAAACCUGAAGUCUGAAGACGAUGGCUUUGCUGAGCCCAAUUAUGUCGGACUUAUGAACUCUUACUGUCAGAAAAAACAUCGCAGUCAUAAUUUCAUCGAAGUGGGGAGAAGUGGCCCGUCUCAUAAUCCAAAAUUUUUCUACAAGCUAGUGAUCGAUGGUGAAGACUACGCCGUGUGCGAGGGGAAGAGUAUCAAGGAAGCCAAGCAAAAUGCUGCCCAGUCAGCCUUAUCUAGCCUCAAUGAAAAGUCAUCUUUGGACAUUGAGGUCAGAUCACCUGCCAAUAGUGCAUCAAAAAUCCUGGCCGCCUCUCCAAACGUGCAGUCAAGUGAUUUAAUUCAAUUUCGCAGCAUAAGCUCACCUCCAGGUUUCUCACGUCACUUGGCUGAGUCUUCUCCCAAAGUUCAGGGUAAAAGUCCAGACUGCAAACCUAAAAUUAAAAUUGCAGCAAAGUUCCACGAUGCAUGUAGCCCAGAGGAAGCAAAGCGUGCGGAUAUCAAAGGCCCGUAUGUCUCGAGGUUCAAAGAGGACUUUGACUUUAUGGAAUACAUUAGCCGGGGAGGCUUUGGUGAGGUUUUCAGGGCAAAACACAAGCUUGAAGGAAAGGACUACGCUGUGAAGGUUGUCCCUUGGGAAGAAAACUCUAUACGCGAGGUAUCAGCUUUAUCAGAGCUUCAUCACAACAACAUUGUGAGAUACUACACUUGCUGGUUGGAAGAGACUGAUUACCAAUGUGACAAUAAAGCUCGCAGUUCCUUUCGCCGAAAAAAUCAAUCGAGAGGGUUCUUGUAUAUUCAGAUGGAGUUGUGCAACACCAAAACACUGAGGCUGUGGAUAGACGACAUGAAUGCCACGGAUAUCGAACCUUCACAGAGAAGGCAAGGAAGUCUUGAGAUUGUGCAGCAAAUAAUUUGUGCGGUUGAGUGCAUUCACGGCAAAAAGUUAAUCCACAGAGACCUGAAGCCUGCCAACAUCCUGUUUGGGCUGGAUGGAGUCGUUAAGAUCGGGGAUCUUGGCCUUGUUACUGUUGACUAUGAACCUGAAAGCCUGAUCGAGAGAAGUGGAUUCAAGGGAACUAAAAGUUACAUGGCCCCAGAGCAGAAAACCAAGAACACCUACAACCGAAAAGUGGACAUAUUUGCUCUGGGUCUAAUUUAUUUUGAGCUCCUCUGGAAUGUGUUUACCGUCACUGAAAAACAAAAGCUCUGGGAUGAUGUCAGAAAUCAGAUACUUCCUCCAGAUUUUUCGCAUCAUUUUCUCGCAGAGGCCCAACUAAUUAAGUCGAUGCUUUGCGUCGAGCCAGAAGACCGUCCGGAAGCAAGUGAACUCAAGACCAAGCUUGAGGAGAUUGAUCUUGUAGUUAAACGUAAUCCUACCGACAGAAAUACUGUCUGAGUAACACGCAUUUCCCACGAUAAGGCCGCACACCCUCGCCUUUGCUGUCGCCUUCAUGCUUGGGUGGGUUUUUUCUCACUUCGCUAUUUCCUCCCUUUUAGAAUAACCAAGACUAGCUUAACAUUUUUUUCUAAAGCUGCUGCACCUUACCACAUUUUAAGCCACUGCCUUAAUAUACUAUAUUUUUUUAAUUAGUGUUGAACAUGAAUGCGAGUGGUUAGCGGACCGGCCUCACAGCUAGGAGACCCGAGUUCAAUUCCACCCUCAGCCAUCUCUGUCUGUGUGGAGUUUGCAUGUCCGGGUACUCCGGUUUCCUCCCACAUUCCAAAAACAUGCUAGGUUAAUUGGUGACUCCAAAUUGUCCAUAGGUAUGAAUGUGAGUGUGAAUGGUUGUUUGUCUAUAUGUGCCCUGUGAUUGGCUGGCCACCAGUCCAGGGUGCACCCCGCCUCUCGCCCGAAGACAGCUGGGAUAGGCUCCAGCAUACCCCCGCGACCCUUGUGAGGAUAAGCGAUAAAAAUGAAUGAAUGAAUGAAAUACAGACAUGAAUUACUAUCAACAGCAACUGAGCCAAUACAGGAAGGUGUUUAUUUUUCCUCUUUUGAUCUUGAUUGUUUCAUAUGUUAUAGAAACAGUUGGUUAUGGAACAUUAUUUUUUUAAUGACUUUUUAUGAUUGCAAUAUGAGCUGUGUAACAUUUUUCACAGACACGAUCAUGUGUAGAAAGAGAUUAGCGAUAGAUAGCGAUUUUAAUCUUUAUGUCUUGGUGUAAACUUUGUCAUUGUGGUCAAUUUGUCACGCCCUGUGUGGGUUCCCAUGUGACACUUUCUGUAUGUUAACUCUCUUGUAUUUGACUUCCUGUUUUGCCUUGUCUGCCUUCAUUGCCAUAGUCACCAACAAAUGUCCCUGAUUUCUGUCUGUAUUUAGUUCAGGUGUGCGCUUCUCCCCGCGUGGGAUUAUUAUCGUUUGUCUGUUUGCUUCCUGAGUUGCUUUAUCCUGCUGCUGCAAUUAUUGCUAAAAUAAAUAUUUUUAACCUGCGUUUGGUUCUGUUCUCUGCCCGAUCGUGACACAAUUGUAAUUCAAGGUAUGAUUGUCGAGGUUAUGCAAAGCAAAUACCCCUUCUCGUUCAUUCUUUAUGUUAUAAAAAUUAUAAUUGGUAUGUUUUUAGAUGUAACUGGUCAUUCAUUGUUCCAUAAAAACUUCUAUUGCUGAGUGACUUUUGUUGUCUUUUUAAACUAGACCUGUAGGGGGAGCUGUGGGUCUGUCAUUGGCGAGAGUGACGAGUGUUUCACAUUGAACAUGAAAGGCCAGCAGUCUGUGUGUGACGUCUAAUUAUCCCGUAGUGGAUCAUUUGCAUCAUCUAACAGGCUAACAAGAGUUAAGUGCAGUCACCUGGCUGAAAGUAAGAGUUAAAUAUGAGCUCCAUCAGUUCUACAAUAUACUUGGGGAGGACUUCAUCCUAUGUAUACAGUACAGUAUCCCGCCCACUUUCUGCGCCGAUGCUGCUAGCCACGUGUUAGCUAUCAUUGACUAUACAGUAUAUCGUCCCAUACUGUCAAAGACAGCUUUGGGUAUCCAAGGCAUGCGUUAUGCUCAUUCCUUUGCAGUGUGCUUAUAUUAAACUGGAACCUUUAUAACAGGGGUCUAAAACACGCGGCCCACGGGCCAAAUGUGGCCCGCAGGCCACUAGUUUGAGGCCCCCGCCUUGAUAUGAAAGUUUAAUGUUAGUGCGGCCCGCGCAAGUUUGAUAUGGAUGCUGUAUGGUAUCAUGUACCCAGAAAAAAUUAUUACGUUUGAUUAAUGUUCAUGUUAAAGGUUAAAUAACUGUUAAUAGUUAUCCUCCCUAUCCGUGUGGAAGCGGUAAGUUUU